AUGGCCGAAAGUAGGUUAGCAUGUCUUAAACGCAAGCUUAGUAAAGAUGAAAACCUAAAGAAGAUAUACAUUGAAACUGUUGGAUCCUAUAUCUCCAAACGUCACGCAGAGCCUGUUGCAGACAAGGAAGGCAAAAGAAGAGAUGAAAUAGACACAUGUAAGCAGUGGACAUCGAGUAUUUCGAACUUAGAAGAUGUCAAAGUCCCACGUUGGAUGAAGUUAGAAGAUGCUGUAUGUAUCCAACUACAUGUGUUCUGUGUUGCCUCAGAGAAGGGUUACGCUGCAUGUGCGUAUUUUAGGACUACAUCCAGAAACCAAAAUGUUGAGUUAAACUUUGCUAUUGGAAAGGCAAAGGUCAGCCCCUUGAAGAAUGUCUCGAUUCCGCGAUUAGACUUGUUAGGCGCUAUGCUAGCUGUGCAGUUGGACGGGAUUGUGAGAAAAUCACUUGCACCAAGAUUCAAACUGGCUAAAACAACUUUUUUGACCGACUCUAUGAUUGUACUAGGGUAUAUUACCAAUGAAACUAAACGGUUCAAAACAUUUGUGGCGAACAGUGACCAGAAUCAGAGAGUCAUCACAACCUUGUCAAUGGCGACAUGUCAGAGGCUCAAGAGGAACACUUCAGAUAAGCAAAUAGAUUUCAGGACCUGA